CCAUUCGGAAUGCAAAAUUGAUCGUGUUACCAAACGAUUACACAGAAUCUACAAUGAAUUCAUCUAGCUGUGAAUGUUAGACGAAAAAAAUAAUAAUAACAGAAGUAACAAAUUACAUUAGAGAAGCCGAAGAGAGUAAAACGAGUUUAUAUUUGCGUUGAACUGUUGUGUUGAGCGCAUCAUGUGGUUCUUCCUCUUUUCCUUUGUCAUUGUGUUGUUGAUUUUACUGUAUUUGGACAGUGUAAAACCAGCAAAUUUUCCACCCGGCCCAAAAUGGUAUCCCAUUAUUGGUAGUGCAUGGGAAAUGCAUAAUGAGCGUAUACGAACAGGAAUGUUGUGCAAAGCAACAAUGGGAAUGGCCAAUAAGCAUGCAAAAAACGGUGCCGUUGGCUUUAAAGUGGGCAAAGAUAAGCUUGUGGUGGCCGUUAGUGCUGAUGCAAUUCUUGAAAUGAUGUACAAUGAAGACUUGGAUGGUCGACCGACCGGACCAUUUUUUACAACACGAACAUGGGGUCUGCGACGUGGAAUUCUACUUGUUGACGAAGUAUUUUGGCAAGAGCAACGACGAUUCAUAAUGCGACAUUUAAAAGAGUUUGGCUUUGCACGACGCGGUAUGGUUGAAAUGAUACAAAAUGAAAGUGAACAUUUAUUGAGUGACUUUAAAACGAUAGUAUUUCGACAAAAUGGACGCGCCAUGGUACCAAUGCGUGAUGCAUUCAAUAUUUAUGUAUUGAACACAUUGUGGACAAUGAUGGCCGGUAUUCGUUAUAAUCAAGGGAAUAAAGAGGUACAACAUUUACAAGGAAUGCUGUACACAUUGUUCACAAAAAUUGAUAUGGUCGGUGCGUUGUUCAGUCAUUUUCCAUUUUUACGAUUUUUGGCACCCAACUUUUCCGGUUACACGCAAUUCAAAGAUAUACAUAAAAUGUUAUACACAUUUUUGGGACAAGAGCUUGAAAAUCAUAAGCGAAAUUUUAAAAUGGAAAAUGAACCAAGAGAUCUAAUGGAUGUUUAUUUGCAAGCGAUUAAUAGUACGCAAACGCAUACGGAUAGUUUUAGUGAAAAACAAUUGUUGGCCGUUUGUUUGGAUAUGUUUAUUGCUGGAUCGGAAACGACCAAUAAAUCAAUGGGAUUUUUGAUGUUACAUCUCGUACGAAAUCCGGAUAUACAGGCGAAAAUGCAAGAAGAAAUUGACCGAGUUAUCGGUCGUGAUCGGUUACCAACACUUGAAGAUCGCACCAAAAUGCCAUAUUGUGAAGCCGCUGUUUUGGAAGCUGUUCGAAUGUUCAUGGGACAUACAUUUGGCAUUCCACAUCGUGCAUUACGCGAUACAAAAUUCCGUGGCUACAACAUUCCAAAAAAUACAAUGAUAAUUGCAUGUUUUUAUGGAAUGUCAUUUGAUAAAACGAUUUGGUCUGAUGCCAAUCCUGAAUUUGAUUGUUUUAAAUUUUGUCCCGAUCGUUUUAUAAAAGAUGGUAAGAUUACCAUACCGGAACGACAUUAUCCAUUUGGCGUUGGAAAGCAUCGUUGCAUGGGCGAAUUGAUGGCACGAGCAAAUAUAUUUUUAUUUACAACAACAUUGUUACAAAACUUUAGUUUUCAAGUUCCACCGGGACAUGAGGUGCCAACUGAGGUGCCAGUGGAUGGAGCCACGGCAAGCGUUCAACAAUACACGGCACUUGUGAUAAAUCGAUAG